CUGACCGUGACUUCUGCGCACUGCCUUCCUUAUCCUCGUCGAUUCUGACCUUACCAGGCGCAAUAUCGUCAUGGCUGAUCAAGGCGACUGGUCCUGCGAUGCCAAUGACGCAGUACAACUCUCUGUGAUCCAGCCUGGAGAGCAGAAGCCAGCAACUCUUGACAUAUUUCACCCGCAAUUCACAUAUCCAAUCUUCGGUGACGACGAGCAGAUCUUCGGAUACAAGGGCCUAAUCAUCAGACUGCGUUUCGCGGCGCACGACUUGCGCACCCAUGUGCACAUUUCCUACGACGAAAAGUUCAAAGCUGUCGGCGAUGCUGCAGCUACGGAUCUGAACAAGACCUUGAGAGAUUGGGUGCCAGAGUUUGCCUUUGCGCAUUUACCUGAGUACGAAAAUGCUGUCCAGAAGGAUGAAAAUGCCAAAGACUUUACACCACCCGGAAAGCUUGUCCAUUCGUACCAGUCGAAGGAACGGAAUUAUGAGAUAUGGGCUGGUUCCCUUGCAGACUCGGCUGUCCGCAACCUGUUGGCACGCGCCCAGAUUUUUGUCCCUUUCUUCAUUGAGGCGGGGACACCGCUUGUUCUCGACGACCCAGAAUGGACAUUGGAGAGAUGGACGGUAUAUUUUGUCUACGAAAAGAUAACGCCUCCAACCCCAACCGCUUCUCAGUUCUCCUUCGUCGGCUAUUCAACAACCUACCGUUGGUGGUUCUACCCCGAGCAAAAAGGCGAGAAGGGUGUGAUACAAAAUGGGACAUUCCCAUAUCCUGAAGAGAUUCGGUUUUCAACUCUACCGUCGCGCUUGCGUAUCGCUCAAUUCCUUAUUCUCCCUCCUCACCAAGGUUCUGGCCAUGGCUCCCAACUUUACAACACCAUCCACAAAGCCACGAUUGCUGAUGACACUGUUAUCGAACUUACUGUGGAAGAUCCAAACGAGGCUUUUGAUGUCCUGAGAGACUCUGCCGACUACCACACCCUCUAUCCGGAGCUUAUCAAACAGAAAAUCAACAUUAACCCCAACCCUUACCCUGCUGAAGCUGGCAAACGCCGCCCACGCCAUGUGCCAACAGCCACACUCAUCCCAACACAAAAACUUACAGAAAUCCGCUCACAGUACAAAAUCGCACCUACUCAAUUCGCACACAUUCUAGAAAUGUUCCUGCUCAAUCAAAUUCCCCACCCUAAACGCGCUGCUGGCGGGGCUAACAUGGCUCGCCUUCUGACCAAAAAACACAAAGCGGACGACGAAAACGAACGGAGAUAUUACUGGUGGCGCAUGCUCCUCAAACAGCGCCUAUACAAGCGCUCUCGCGAUAUCCUCAUCCAACUCGACCUGCCAGAACGUAUACAGAAGCUUGAUGAAACAGCGUCAAAUGUUGAGGAAGGCUACGAGGCUUUACUGACGGUAUUCGGUGCCCGCGAAAAGGGCAAGGCAACCGCAGCACCUCCACCAGCGGAUUCGACACCUGAAACGGAUGAUUCAGUCAGACCUGAUACUCAUACCAUGCGACCGAAGAGGAAAUAUGCCGUUGAAGACGACGAAGAUGAGGAUGAAGAUGAGGCAGAGAGAAGUGAAGCGGCGAAACGGCCUAAAAUGUAGCAUCUACCUUAGUAUGCUAGUCAUUUGAUGCAAUUAACGUUAAAUAUUCGAACUGUAA